AUGGCUGGUCAGUUUGUUCUACUUCAAAUUGUCAUUGUUGCUAUACUUGCGUGGUCCACGCUGGCUCAGGAUGAGUCUACAACAGAGAUGGACAUGGUCCUGACCAAUCAGACGACGGAUCCCAUGGUGACUUCAGAAGGAGUUCAAGAACCGAGCUCACCUGCAGAACAGGAGGAGGAACCAGUCCCACCCACAGGUACCCGCUGCCAAGGUUAUUACGAUGUGAUGGGACAGUGGGACCCACCAUUCAAUUGCAAUGCAGGUAUUUUUCUGUAUUGCUGUGGCACUUGCUUCUACCGCUUCUGCUGCCAGUUCCGCCAGCAGAGGCUGGACCAGAACUCAUGCUCCAACUAUGAUACACCCAUCUGGGCAAACACAGGAAAGCCUGUGUCCAGUAACACUGAGGUGCAGUCGGACCAAGAACGGGAUCAAACCCAUAUGAUCGUCUACAUAAUCUGUGGUGUUGUGGCCAUCAUGGUUUUAGUGGGCAUCUUUACCAAGCUGGGUCUGGAGAAAAGUCAAAGUGGACAAAAUGAUUUCAGUGGCUCAAGGACUCUUCAGGAGCUGCUAAAGCAGCCAGGUGGAGAUGUGAGUGCCGCAGACAGACCUGCUACCACCACAUCUUCAGUUGGUGCCAAUGGCAUCUCAGCUAGAAUGUUACGCAGUCACAGUGAGCAGUACCAUCUGAACAAUACUGCUUUUCGUUCGAUUAGCCCAAUGGUUGGACUUCCUCAGCCCCAAAGCAACAUCAGCCUGCCAGGCAUUGCUCACAACAAGUAUACCUCACUGAAGGCUGUUGCGGAUACUGCCAGCAGAAGUUAUUAUAAGAGCUAUCCACAUAUGGACUUCUCUCAGUACCAAAGGUCUGCAGCCUUCCAGCCCAUCUCAGUGCUACCCAAAGACAAGUCCUAUAUGCAUCAGACCAAACCCUACAUGCAUCAGACUCCUCAUGACAUCCACUCACCCCUCUCCAUUUCCAUCCCCACCGGUCAGUUUGAAAGGAGCCGCAUCCCAAAGACCAGCACUCACCCUGUACUUUGCAGCUCAGGUUUCAGAGCUUGUGACUCAGGACCUCGGCAUGUCCACCGGCAGACCUCUCACCCGGGGCACUCCAGUCGGCGGCAGUCCUACUCCACCAGGAGGCAAUAUAGCAUAGAGAUGCUGCCUGAGCUUUUCUCACAACCCAUGACCACAGAACGGCGGUCACCAUACCAGCACCCUCCCAAAUACAAGUCCUAUCAUACUAACAGCAAGACAGAAGUCACUGUCUAG